AUGGAUUAUCGCCUGUGUGGAAGGUUUGAUAAAUUGAGAAAUUAUUUCCCCGAUGAAUUAAACAAACCUACAAAGAAUGAUAUUCAUAUUUUAGGGAAUAUUAAGAAUUAUUGCUCUAAUGGAGAAUCAGAGGAAACAGGAUGUAAGACUGAUCUCGAUAAAAUAAAUGGUGGAUGUCUAUGGUUGUUCGAGCAAAAUAUUAUUAAUAAUAUUGACAGCUUAAGUGAGGAUAAAUUUAAAAUUAUUAUUAUAUACAUUAUGAUGUGGUUAAAUUAUAUGAUAAACCUAAAGAAAGAUGGCGAAAUCAACAACCUAAAUGAUUUUUAUACUAAAUAUAUAGAAACCAAUAUGUAUUAUACUAAUUGUAAAAAAGAUGAUAAAGAUUGUAAUAGUACAUUAAAUGAUAAAACGGGAUAUGAUAGUUUUAAGGAGUUCAUAGAAAAAAACAGAUAUUUGUUGAAUAUUAGUUUUGAUGAUGUGUCUAAAUUUUAUGCUGCAUUUAAAUCAUUGUGUAAUCUGUAUACCGAACUUGAUUCAAAUGACACCAAAUGUAAGAAAUGUUUAGAAAGUGCUAAAGAAUUUGUUAAAAAAUAUGAUGAACUUAAUGUUUCUGAUAUUGCUGAAUACAGUCCUUAUUAUCAAAUAUUGUCUAUAUUAUCAAAGGAUUAUAGUAAUUUUAAAAUUUAUUGUAAAGAUAAUCAAGUUGAUUGUAACGAUAUACCGCUCCUUUCACCGAUAAACACAACAAAAAAAAAAUUACAAAGUUCUGAACUGAAUUUUGAAGAUACAUCAUCAAGUUCGCCGAUAACAAACAAAUUAAUUCCAGUUUUAUCUAUAUUUGGUGCAAUAUCAAUUUUUUUGGGAAUUUCUUAUAAGUAUUCGUUAUUUGGAUUUCGGAAACGAUUUCAAAAACAAAAAUUAAGAGAACAAAUAAAAAAAUAA